CCCGGGGGGCGGGGCAGUAGAGCGGGUUGCCGGGAAGGCGGAAGUGCGGGGACUUCCGGUCGGCGUGAGCAGCGUGCCGUGUCUGAGUUUCUGGGUGUCCUGAGCUUUCCAGGUAAAAUAUGGCUAAAAGUUUACGGAGUAAGUGGAAAAGGAAGAUGCGUGCUGAAAAGAGAAAAAAGAAUGCCCCAAAGGAGCUCAGCAGACUUAAAAGUAUUCUUAAAGUAGAUGGUGAUGUUUUAAUGAAAGACGUUCAAGAGAUAGCAACUGUGGUGGAACCCAAACAUUGUCAAGAGAAAACGCAAUGUGUGGUGAAAGAUGAAACAGAUGACAUGAAAAUGGAGACUGAUAUUAAGAGAAACAAAAAGACUCUUCUAGACCAGCAUGGGCAGUACCCCGUAUGGAUGAACCAGAGGCAAAGAAAAAGGCUGAAAGCAAAGCGAGAGAAAAAGAAAGGAAAAAGCAAAGCAAAAGCUAUCAAGGCAGCGAAGGGUUUGGCCUGGUAGACCCUUAAAAACUUGAAAAAUGCCACAUGGGACAGGUCUUUGAUUAGAAUGUAUACAUUGAUUUCAGCUUCCACCAAAUGGAAACUUUGUUUCCAUUUUUUAACUUGGCCUUUUUCUUCAAUUCAAGCCCAAGGUAACUCCUCAAAUUUGUCUUGGUAACUUGAAUAAAAUAUUUUCUUUGAUGAAUGAAAGCUACACUGAUAUUUUAAUUGAAUGCUAUCCAAUAUGCAGGGAUUAUCAGACAUCAGAAUCCUCUCGAGUAUUAAUGCGGUUGUAAUCAUUCAGUCUUAGGAAAGAUGAAACAUAAUAUUAUACUGACAAAUUUGAGCUAACUCAGAUUUAAAGUAAAUUAUAUAUCAUGUGAAAAUAUGUCAGUGGAUCGUAUAAGCAGUACUUGUUUGGAGUUUUGAUUUUGUGUAAU